UUCUCGGUAUCCAUCCAUCCUUCUUUUGGGCUAUAUAGAAUGCAGCACUAAUGAUCCCGGUCCAGCGCGUUAAAGCUCAGCCUCAGCUGUGGCACGUGAGCGCCGAAGCUCCUCCGUGGCUAUGGAUGGUCCCAAACUCCUCCGGACUGUGUCGGGCGGCUCCUCCCGUGCUCAUCUCCUCUCGCCCUCCUCCGGUGAUUCAGACGGUCUCGGGAUGGCAGAUGUCCUGCGAUCCGUUUGUGCCCGUGAUGCGCGCGGCCGCCGCGGAACCCGCGACCAUCAGUCAGUUCUGUCUGCCCAGUGUUCAGUGGGAGAUCCCGUCCAGGCCUCAUGUGUUGGGUUUCCAACCUUCUGCAAGUGUGGAUCUACUUCCAGUGUUUCCUCAUGUAUACCGGACGGUCCUGCCUCCACAUUACAGCAAGGGCUGGGUGGAAAAACGUGUGCCUGACUACAAGUUUUAUCUAAACAACACUUUAGCUCUUGAGACCACCUGGAUCAGUCCGGAGGAAAUGGGAAUUUUCCAGCAUAAGGAAAAGCCACUGCUGCGGACAAAUCAAACAGCGUUGAGCAUAUCUAGGCCAGCUGCAGCGUCCAGGAAUAUCCACACUCUACUUUUGACACCCAGGCGCGUUUCAGGUUGUCCUAUGGCCAUUAAGCGAGUAGGAAGUUCUAAACGGAUCGCUCUGGCAGCAGCAGCCAUGAUGGCGAUGGAUUCUGACGUGACACAGGGACCAUCUGUCUCUUCUGCUCACCCUCUCCACCUGCUCUCGCUCUCACCCCUCAAUCUUCCCUUUCUAACGUCACCUCACACAGGAACACGGAGGAGCUGGGAAGGCUUGAUGGGACCCAUCCUGCCCUCUCGGAUCACCGCAGUAACAUCACUCACUGCUCCUGGAGUGACCCUACUUACUGGAAACUGGAAAAAGCAAAGAGUAACAGAUAAGAUUUUGGAAUUGAAGAAGCCAUCCUGCACAGAUGCCUUAGUGCUCCGCCGUAAUCCAAACCCAGAGGCUAAAGCUGAGGAUGGGCCUUUUAAAGUCAGUAUGGAUGAGGACAGCUCGCUCAAAGACAAGCGGCCAGUUGCAUCUACACCUAUACCUGGAUCACCAUGGUGUGUAGUGUGGACAGGUGACGACAGGGUGUUUUUCUUCAAUCCCACCAUGAAUUUGUCAGUAUGGGAGAAACCAAUUGAUCUAAAAGACCGUGGAGACCUCAAUCGAAUCAUUGAGGACCCGCCACAUAAACGCAAGAAAGACUCUUUAGACGAUGGCUCAAAUGCUGAUGCUGAUGAUGAGGAUGAUGAUGAAGAGGAACAUAGUUUAAAGACUAAACGCUACAAACUGGACCAUCCUGUUGAGUGUGAAGGAAAAAAUGGAUCAUCUCUUCGGAUGGUUUUGCCGCUGGAGCACCGGAUCGGCCACUUCAGAGACAUGCUUCUGGAAAGAGGGGUGUCUGCGUUCUCCACCUGGGAGAAAGAACUGCAUAAAAUUGUAUUUGAUCCACGGUACCUACUGCUAAAUCCAGAGGAACGAAAACAGAUUUAUGAUCAGUUUGUCAAAGCAAGAAUGAAAGAGGAGCACAAAGAGAAAAAGUGCAAACUCCAUCAAGCGAAAGAAGAGUACAGAAAACUGCUAGAGGAAUCAAAAGUCACAUCCAGGUCGACGUUCAAAGAAUUUUCAGAAAAGUUUGGAAAAGAUCCGCGAUUCAAACAGGUUCUGAAGAGGAAAGACCAGGAGCUGUUUUUCACCCAGUUCAUCAAUGUGUUAAAGAAGAGGGACAAGGAGAACAGAAUUCGUCUGAGGAAGAUGAGAUGAGUGUUUGCAGACAGGGCUGUGAACUCUUUACAGUACUGUGAACUGAGUUCCUGUGACUGUUUAUCACAGUGUAUACCGAGAUACCAUCUGCCCAUAUUUCUGACCAAACCUCAGGGCAGUUUGCUUUUCAAUGACUUGACUUUCCAACAAACCGAACAAAGGCAGAACCAGCUGAGUAUAAGCAGCAGUUUGGAAAUGAACUCUGUAUAUCUGAAUGUGUUUCAUAUUGAAGCUCUUAAUCUCCGGAGUAUUACAAGGUUCUUAAAUCACAACUCUCAACAUGAAUACAGAGUUUGACUCACUGGAAGUAUCUAAAGCCAUUGACCUGUGCACACAGGUGGAAAAUGAUUUUUCUAUUAAUUGUACAUAAGUGUUGACUUGCCUGGCGCUGUACUUAAAGUGGCCGUUGUAGUGAAACCAUUUUGUCAGAGUGUGACACAGAUUCUCCACAGCAUCGGUGAGAAUCAGUAAGUGGUGUUGUGUAUCCAUAGUAUUUUUCAAAUGCUGUCUAACGGUUUGUUGUAAUUACAUUUGUCAUGAUAUCUUAAAAAUUAAAGUGAUACUUUUUACUGAAAAUUCAUGUACAGUUAUAUGAAAUGUUGUAAUACUUCACCCAAAAUGAACAUUUGCUGAAAAUGUACUAACCCUGAGGCCAUCCAAGUUUCUUCAUCCAAACAUCCAAACUAUGGGUCAUCUGUAGUGAAUGGGUGCCGUCAGAAUGAGAGUUCAAACAGCUGAUAAAUUUUCAAACAGUUUCUCCUAAUCUGUUUUGAUGAAACUCAUCUACAUCUUGGGUGGUCUGAGGGAGAAUACAUUUUCAGCAAAUUUUCAUUUUUGGGUGAACUAUGUCUUUAAAUCAGAGCAAGUGGAUUCAGUUUUUACGGAAAAUUAGAAAUUUUAUGGAAAGGACUGUUUAGACUUGUUUGGAUACAUUCAAUUCAUGUAGCUAUUUAUAAGUAUGAAUGAAUACAUUAUUUUAUUUUGUAUUUGUAUGGUUGAAAUGCAAUUUUACAUUUUUUCUGACAGCUUUUAUACACACCACAAACCGGGCUCAAAACAUGGUUCAACAAUAUACAGAUUUCCCCAAAAGGUUCCAGUUAUUUCACUGAACUGAUCUUAAAUAGAAAACUAUUACAAAUUAUUUUACUCACAAAAGAUGUGACCUUUUUAUCUAUUAGUUUUUUAUCUUCUAAAUACUAAAUUCAAGUUAGAAUUCUAAAUUCAAGAUCAACUGUGAGAUAUAAAAAAGGUCAAAACUGCAAUGUAUAAACUAACAGUUCUGAGGGGGG